GCUGUUGUUGUUGUUGUUGUCGAGGCCGGGCCCGUCCGGUCCCUUCCGCGGCUCCGAGAGCCGGCUCCGUCCUUCCCCGCCGUCGCCGCCGCCAUGAAGUGGAUGUUCAAGGAGGACCACUCGCUGGAACACAGAUGUGUGGAAUCUGCCAAAAUCCGAGCCAAAUAUCCCGACCGGGUCCCGGUAAUUGUGGAAAAAGUCUCAGGCUCUCAGAUUGUUGACAUUGACAAGCGGAAGUACCUGGUUCCAUCCGACAUCACUGUGGCCCAGUUCAUGUGGAUCAUCAGGAAACGGAUCCAGCUACCCUCCGAGAAAGCAAUCUUCCUUUUUGUGGAUAAAACAGUCCCACAGUCUAGCCUAACUAUGGGACAACUUUAUGAGAAGGAAAAAGACGAAGAUGGAUUCUUGUAUGUGGCCUACAGUGGAGAGAACACGUUUGGCUUCUGAAGGCCAGUGCCCAAGUCGGUGCAUCUGUCCUGCUUGUGUAUCUUGUAAAUAGCCGGUCCCUUUCAGUCACUGCACCAGACCCUCUUCACAUAGACCCAUAGUGCAUUUGUAACUGGAUUUCUUUCUUAAUAUAUUGAAAGGUCUUGUUUUAUUAGACGGGUAAAUUAUCAGAGUUUUAUUUGCAUUUUCUUUUCUUUGUCGAGCAUUGUCCUCAUGGCUGCAAGCUCCAGGGGGCUCUGCUCCUCCAGAACUCGUAUCUAAUGAAGUGAUUUCAAUAUUGAGAUGAGGUGAGAAGGGGGAAGAUAACACAUUCUUCUGGAUUAUGUUUGAGGUGUUAGUUGGCCAAGUAUUAAAAGCAUCCAAGUUAAAUCCGUAGCAGUCAGGUCACUUGCUUCACUAGAUUAUUCCAACUGCCAAUCAUGUUGGACUGAGCUAAUCUGUUCUUUCUGAACUCUACUGAGGUGAAUAAUUACAAUAAAAUUUCCUCUCACAAAGGCACUAUAGUGUGACACUGUCCUUCAUUUCCCUCUCUUCUGGACUAAGUAGCUAGUUGUUGCCUAUUGAAAAAGGAGAGCAAGUGGGAGUGCAGACAGUUUGAAGUGAGUGGUUCCUGCUGGCUGCUCAUGAAGGGGACUAGUCAGUCCCACCUGCAUAAGCCUAAAGCCAAGAUUACAUCCUACAGAUGCCAGAGUUACCGCUGUGGUGCUAAGAAGUAGUAGGAGACAGCAUGUUCUCCGCUUAUUUAGGAACAAUCAGGUGUUGCCUAAAUAAGGGGCUCUUGUUUCUGCCCUUACUUUCUUUUCCCAGGUGCUGAUUUCUCAAUCCUUUCUCUCCAAAAGCAAGAUGAGAGAUAGGCAGGUCAGUGAUUUCCUCCUGUUUGCUUUUAGGAAACUGUUGCAAAUGCCAAUGCCUUCACUUAACACACAGACUAGGAGACUUGGAAGUAGAGCUGAUUGCACUCUCCACUCACAGGGAUUUAAGGAGCUGGUUCUUUUAAAAAGCCCCAAAUUAUACAGGCAGUUUAUUAAAGUCUGCUUGUUGUGUGCUUACAAAAGCUGGAACAUUCCCCAUAUAAAUCGGGUGGAGGAAACAGUCUCACUUUGCUACUGCAUACCCUGCUGGGCUGUCACAAAUCUGACAUACUGGAAUCGGUACCUCCUCGCUGGUUUCCAGCAGAGGGGAAAUGACUUCCAAAGGGAAGGAGAUCUAGAGAAGCCUUUAGGGAGGGGAGGACAGAAGGGAACUGGAGAAUUGUUGCAAAUCUCUCAAAAGAUCUCAAAGGAAAAGCAGAUCCUACCUAGAGUCAACAGGAUGUGGUAGAAACAGCAUGGAACUGAACUGAGUCAGAAGACCUGGCUCUACCUCUUUUUAGCUGUGUGACAUUGGGCAAAUGAUUUAAUCUGAGCUGAGUCAAUUUGCCCAUCUGUAAAAUGGGAAGAUUUGUGUGAGGAUGAAUAUAGCUGGUGUAUGUGGAAGCACAGCUUUCUAAAAAAGAACAGUAAAGUCAGCAGAGGGAAGCUUGAGUUUCUCUAGUCAUCGGCUAUGCCAUUUACUUUGCUUUUCUCAUGUGACCAAUCUUUGUUUUCUUUGGUUAAAAUGAAAUGUUUUGUGAAAAACAUAAUACUGAAAAUCAAUUUAACUACGUAAACUUGUUUAGUAACCAUUUCCAGUUAAAUUAAUUUCAAUGAAUAAACCAUUAUAACUUUU